CUGCCGAACAAGCUUUGCUUUUAGGGUCAGGAACUGGUCUGACAAGAGAAUGGCAGUCCUGCCUUUAAACUGUCACUAAGACUGUACGACUGACGAUGAAUCCAGCAGGACUCCAGGCCCAAAGGCGAGACGCUGAGCAGCAGAAUGUGAAGACAUAUUUCAGGAUCUUGUGAGUGCUACUAAAGAUGUCUGAUAGUGUCGAUAUUGAAGAGAAGCCACCAGCCCCCCCCUUGAGAAUGAACAGUAGUUCCCGAGACUCUUCAUCACUGAAUCACGCAUCUAAACCGCUUCCAAUGGCUCCUGAGGAAAAGAACAAGAAAGCUCGCCUGCGCUCCAUCUUCCCCGGAGGAGACAAAACAAAUAAAAAGAAGGAAAAGGAACGUCCAGAGAUCUCCUUACCUUCAGACUUCGAACACACAAUCCAUGUUGGCUUUGAUGCUGUUACAGGGGAAUUUACAGGAAUCCCAGAGCAGUGGGCACGGCUCCUGCAGACUUCGAACAUCACCAAGCUGGAGCAGAAGAAGAACCCACAAGCUGUGAUCGACGUGCUAAAGUUCUACGACUCCAAAGAGACGGUCAACAAUCAGAAAUACAUGAGCUUCACUUCGGGAGAUAAGACAGCGCAUGGAUACAUUGCAGCAAAUACUCUGAACCGACUGCUGUCUUCUGGGCCUCCUGUCAGCCUUAGAACCUGCAGCGCAUUAUUUGACAAGGGUGCCAAAACAUCUUCGACAGAACCCCCGAUCGCUCCACCCGUAUCAGAGGAGGAGGACGAGGAGGAGGAGGAAGAGGAGGAAGAAGAUGAAGAUGAGGACGAUGAGGAUGAGCUGCCCCCCGUCAUCGCCCCUCGACCUGAGCACACCAAAUCUAUCUACACCCGCUCUGUCAUGGACCCACCAAAGCCACCAAGCCCGGUUAAAGAGGAGACAACUCCACCGGAGUCACAGGUUCAGCCUGAGAAUACCUCCAACACGAUGUACCGCCACACUGACCGGCAGAGGAAGAAGUCCAAAAUGACCGAUGAGGAGAUUCUGGAAAGACUCAGGAGUAUUGUCAGCGUGGGAGAUCCCAAAAAGAAGUACACGCGCUUCGAGAAAAUAGGACAAGGAGCUUCUGGCACCGUCUAUACUGCUAUUGACAUAGCGACUGGGCAAGAGGUGGCCAUCAAACAGAUGAACCUGCAGCAACAACCCAAGAAGGAGCUGAUCAUCAAUGAGAUCCUGGUAAUGAGGGAAAACAAGAACUCCAACAUAGUCAACUACCUGGACAGCUACCUGGUAGGGGAUGAGCUUUGGGUGGUGAUGGAGUAUUUGGCCGGAGGCUCGCUGACAGAUGUUGUGACUGAGACCUGCAUGGAUGAGGGCCAGAUUGCUGCAGUCUGCAGAGAGUGUCUUCAAGCUUUGGACUUUCUACACUCUAACCAGGUUAUCCAUAGAGAUAUAAAAAGUGACAACAUCCUCUUAGGGAUGGAUGGAUCCGUAAAACUGACCGAUUUUGGUUUCUGCGCCCAGAUCACACCAGAACAGAACAAACGCAGCACAAUGGUGGGAACGCCGUACUGGAUGGCACCAGAAGUGGUGACUCGGAAGGCUUACGGACCAAAAGUGGAUAUCUGGUCUUUAGGAAUCAUGGCAAUAGAGAUGGUGGAGGGAGAACCACCUUAUCUGAACGAGAAUCCACUCAGGGCACUUUACCUGAUAGCAACCAAUGGUACUCCAGAACUGCAGAACCCUGAAAGGCUCUCCUCUGUGUUCCGAGACUUCCUCAACCGCUGUCUGGAGAUGGAUGUGGACCGCAGAGGCUCUGCUAAGGAGCUGCUGCAGCAUUCCUUCCUGAAGCUGGCGAAGCCCCUCUCCAGUCUGACGCCUCUGAUUGUAGCUGCUAAGGAAGCCAUAAAGAACAGCAGUCGCUGAGGGUGGGGCUCCCUGUCCGAGCCCCAGGCCGGAGCGCUGCCGGUGAUGCGUUGCUUCAUGACAGCAGGGGUGAACGGGGUGGAUUUAUGUGACUGAUAGGGACAGAGCAAGGGCAGAAGACCCUCCCCCCAACCACCCCCGCUGCCCGUCCACCAGGCCUUCAGGACGGAUAUCUGGCUUUGCAGGCCAAGCCGCUGAAAACAGACCUAGCCUCCUUGUUUACUUCUCCGGCACUGUACAUGUAGAGCAGUCUAUCACAAGUAUGUCAGACAUGUGAGCGUGCGUUUGUGUGUGUGGGUGUGUGUGUGUGUGUGUGUGUGUAAACAAAACGUGCACUUCUGUUCACAUAACGUCUCGUUUUGGGAUGAGUCUCUCCCAGAACAGCAAAACAACAAAAACAAUUAUAAUAAUAGUUUGGAUAAAAUUAAAAAGGGAAGGGUGCUUAUUCUCCUAAAGAAAAACAAAGGAACACAGCAGUGGAACCGAGAAUUUGUGAUUUCCUCCCAUCCUGGAUCAGGAUUGAGAGCGCAUUUCAAUGCUGAACAGCCCAUGAAAAGGAGGAGCACCAGACCGGACGAGCCUGCAUGACCGUGGUUCUGUGAAGAAACACCGCUAACCCUCUGCAGAUCGCCUCCUCUGGAUAGGCCGUAAUUCUGGUCUGUUUUAUGUGUAAAUGUGUGUGAACGAGUGAGGGGAUGGAGGCAGGGAAAAAAAAUCAGUUAUUUCUUCUUUUUUUAAUGUGAGCUUUGAAUCCAUUUCUGCAGUUCUUGUAAAAGAUUUAAUCCAAACCUCAUUUUCCAUUCAGAAUCAAACGACAUAAAUGCAAUUCGUGACAAAUUGCUGCUUUAUUAGAUAAAGUCGGCAUCAUUUAUCCUGACAGACACACACGAUUGUUUCAAGGACCAAUCAGAAAUGUUCAGCUCUGGUGGUUUUUUGUUGCAUUCAUUAAAAGUGUCCAUGCAGACAUGUUGACACAAGGCAGGCUUACUUUCCCACAUUUUUUUAUGUUAUCUAUACAAACAUUUUCUGUUCUAUUUGGACAUUACUACCAAGUAUAAAAAAAUCAUGUAUAAUUUUGGCUUUAUUUGCACACAGACAGUUUUUUUUUUAGUUCCAUCGAUCUGCCACUUUAGCUGUAACCAUCCCACAGCAUUAUGCUGCCACCACUCUGCCUCACAUGGCACAUCAUGUUGAUGAAGAAGGAUAGUUAUAGUUUUCCGAUGCUCCUUCUUCCACCUUACAUGGCCUUUUGUAAGCUUUAAAAAGAACUUUGAAUUGCUUUUUUUUCUUCCUGUCACCCUUUCAUAAAAGCCUCGUUUUUAGACUGCAUUACCAACACGUUUUCCUACCUGAGCAGUGGAUCUCUGCAGCUCCCCCAGAGUUACCAUAGCCCUUUUGUCUUCACCUGAGUGAUGCUUUUUUUGCUCAUAUAGUCAGUUUUGGUGGAUUUCUCUAUCUUAGUAGUUGGAGUCUAAUUCCUUAAUAGUUGAUUUCUGAAACAAUUCCUUGCACUAGAUUUUAUUUAGUGGUAUCAGAGUGAAGGGAUGAUUACAAAUGCAUGCCACAUUUGAGAGAUUUUUAGAUGUAAUAAAUAGUAAAUUGCCUUUAUUUAUUAAGCGCCUUUUUGAAUCAGAUGACUCCAAAGCGCUUCUCUUUUACUUUCAGUCAGUUACACGCUGAUGGCGGUGAACUAUAUGGUAGCCACAGUUGCCCUGGGGCACAAUGAGAGAAGGAAGGCUGCAAUUAUGAAGCGCCACCAAACGUGGGGAUGCAGCAAUAUGAAAAUCUGGGCCAAUAUCAUUAUCAAGUAGUAAUAUUCCCAUUAUGGCUGAUAACAGAUAUCAUAGAUGUUUCCCUAUCCUUUGGACACCAUGAAAGACCGACCACAGCGCUGCCGUUGAUUCUUUAGUUCAGUUGAACUCCCACAAUCCUCGGCUGCAUCACAAUUACUGUAAGAUGACCAAAUAAAUGUCACAUGACUGAUCCCAUCCUUAAAUAAAAAGAGCCACUGCAUGGAAAGAAAUAUCAGGUAUAAUGGGCCCAAUUUCACUGAUCGGACCAAUUUGCUUAAAAAUAACCAAUAUGGGCCGAUAUCAUUUUUAUACCGAUGUAUCGUGAAUCCCUAUUCAGAAGGCGUUGCAGGUGAAGAUCCAUCUCAGUCAAUGUUCAAGGACAAAACAGCUGAGAGCAAUUUUAUUUAUUUAUUUUUUUGUCCACUUCCUAAUCAUACUCUUUGUUAGCCAUCUGAAAUCCCAAUAAAACACUUCAAGGUUUCUGCUUGUAACAUGAAAAAUUUGUUUAAAGAAAAAUAAAAUCGGUAGGUUUUAGUAUUUUUUGAUUAAAUAGUUUGCAUAAACAAGCUUGAAAUCAUGAAUCAGUCGCAAGGGCUAUGAAAUGAUUGAAAGCUCCCCAUUUCUUCUCUGCUCAUCUGUUAGUUAUGUCCAAUGCUUUUUAUAUUUUUACUUAUUUCUCAUGAAGCCAUUGGAUUUUGCUGUGAGUUUUUAAACCUGUGGCGGAUUUCACAGAGUGACGCUGCUUAAGAAGAACCCUUCUCAUGAUUGUAUCCAAUCCUGCAGUUUUACUUUAACAUUCCUUUCAUUCCUGGUUUAGAGUUUAACCUCGUUGCAUGGCAAAGGUUAUCGGAUCAUAUUUACUGGCUGCAUCAGGCGUUUCACCUUUGUUCAGUGCCGUGAGAAGCUCACAUACCUUCAUUCUCGUUGAGGAUGUUUAAAUUUUAGGUUACAAGUAUUUAAACUGUUCUUAUUUCAGGGUGGUGGGAUCAUUCAAACACAAACAAUAGAUAUUGUUUGCAAAAGUUUAAAUCAGUUGUGAUAUAUUUUUAAUCCAAUUCAUGCACAUCUGCUCAGAUAUAAUUGUAAGACUGCCCUGUAGUACCGUAAGUUACAGAGAUCUACAGACUUGCUGUAGCCAAUAAGCUUUUUGUUAUAGUUCUGUCUGGAUAUUUCACCGCUUUUCUUUGCAGAAUUGAUGGAUCGUUUAAAGUAUUUGCUCUCCUGGCACAGACCCUUUAAAAAGUCAACUACUGUCCAAUCAAAUUCAAUUGUUCUAAAACCCACUUUAAUUUACUCCCUUUAUGAUUCCAUCCAAUUUUUUGCAAUGCUCUGAAACACCCCAGCAGCAAACAUUUUUUUAAAAACAUCUCUGAUUUAAAAUCAUCAUGAUUUACUCAAGACUUGUUGGUUACAUGGUUGUCCUUUUGUUUUAUGACUCACAUGGUUGGAGAUGACGCAUGCUGGGUGUAAGAACAGCUCAAAGAUCCCACAUACACAUAAAAAACCUGUUUCCAAAUAGAUAAAGCAGACUAAAAUGAAUGUUCUGGGUCCAUGAUAUCCAUCCUAUCUAAAUACUGUGGCGAAAUCUGGAUCUGUGUCAGGAAACCAGCAAAUACUCCCAAGUAUCCAGCCUGAAUUAUAUCAGGAGCUUGUUAAAUAACGGUCCAACUCAUCAUUGUUCAUGAGUGAGUACAUUUCAUACCGGAAUCGUAGCUUCCCUGUCUGUGAGUGGGUCUGUUUGUGGGAUGAUGCUGGGGGGGGGGGGGUCCUAUCUCAGUCUGCACUAAAAGAUGCCUGACUCCUGUUUUCCACCUUAGCUUUGAGGUGGAGGGUAGCUGCUCAGUAACAUUGUACCUCCACUGUACAAAGGAUGAAGGAGUUGCGACGCAGCAGAUUCCAUGCAUGUGAAACAAACUGUUAUCUCUUAAAACAAGGUGGUUGGAGUGUUAGGAUAUGUAUGUAUGUAAAUAGGACAGGUCCCCCCACCCACCUGCCCCCGUCCUUUUUACAGAACUGUGUAACUUUAACAGAUAUUCAGGUUACUCAUAUGGUACUGAUAAAUGCUCUGCACCCUGGAAAAAAAAAAAAAAAAAAGGAGUUUCAACCCUCACGGCGUCACUGCACUCUCGGAUCCAGCUCUCUGUUUUUCAGGGGGGCUCUCUGUGUGCAGACCCUCACAGUCUGGUCAGCUCGACCACAGCCGUCCUCCUCGCUGGAGGAUAUCCGGCCUGUAGGGAAGCUUCCCGAGCUCUGGGACAUUUUGGCCUUCCAAACUACGGGUCCGAACUAUGAGCACAAAGGUGAACUUUGGAACAGGAGACACCACUGACGUGCCCUCUCACCCCCCACUCCCACCCCACUAUUUUCUGUGGUUUCUCCUGUACAUUCCUAUCUUCUGAAUGUGUAAACCUGUACACGUGGUGUGAAAAAUUUCUCUAUUAAUGUGUAUCAAGAGAAUGGAACAAAGACAAAAAAUGUUACUUUUUAAAUUAUCAUCUUUAUUAUUAUUAUUACUCUUAUUACUGUUUAGCUUUGUAAAACUGCUAAUCUAUCCGGCGUACCUCGGCUGACCUUCCCCC